GCAGGAAUAUGCCGUCGGAAACGUAUGAGAUACCAACCAUAACGUAGGAGAAGAUUUGAUGCCUGACUGUCUGUAGGGAAGUAUACGAACCAAGGGGCUCUGGAUCAUGCACAGGCCUGAGAAGCCUCCUGACUUUGUUCUCUACUAUGCCCAUGGUGAGGGGGGAAUAUACAAUCGUCACGUCUUGGUCACACACUAACACCCUCCAGGUGGCGGUUUCUCCAUGGGAUCGAGCUACUUUUACUUGGAGUUUUUAAUGGUGUGGCAUCAUCUACUUUUGGAAGCCGGUUUCACCAACCCGGCCAUAUUCGCGCUUGAGUACACAUUAGUACCUGAUGACGUCUACCCCAGGCAGGUCCUAGAGGCGUUAGAGGGUUACAAGCACGUUCUCGGGUUUGUCAAGGAUGCCUCCAAGGUUUGCGUUGCUGGAGACUCGGCCGGUGGCGCAUUAAUCCUCAGCUUAUUGUUGGAAUUGGGUGCUCAGGCGGGCAGCCAGGAGAGAAGGGGGGCUGACGCGCAUAUGCACCGAGAUAUGGUUGACUCUCAACCGCCAGCAUUGGCUGUCCCGCACAUGGCUACGUUAAUCUCGCCGUGGGUAACUCUCAUGUCGAAUUUGCAUUAUGCGUCCAAAAGUGACUUCUUGGACCGGCGUACAUUGUGGAAAUACGCGCACGAUUAUGCAGGUGAGGCCAUGGUUCAACAGCAGCCAGCUUCACCGGGAAACUGCGUUGACGACAAACUCUGGAGGUCGGCAAGCCCGGAACGGGGCUACUUCGUCAUCUUUGGUGAGGAAGAAGUGUUUGCACCCGACAUCGAAGACUUUCUCAAGCGACAGGCCAAAAUCGGGAUCGAGGUGGAAGGACAGAAAUUUAAUGGUGGGAUCCAUGCGUGGCCCGUGGUGUCGCUAUUUCUGUCAAGCACCGAAGAGAAGAGGUUGCAAGGGCUAAAAGCCGCUGUGAAUGAGAUCAGAAGACGAACACUGGAGGCUGACGGGACGAAAAGAGGGAAGGCGUGAGAAUCAGAUUAGAUCAAGUAAAAAAUCAUAGACAAGGCCCAUAAAGCGGUGAUUCAGGAACCAAAUGUUUUAAACUCGGCUUCGUCCUCACCAGGCCUGCUCCGAAAUGAAUG